CAGACAUUACCACACGCACUCAACAAGGCUCAAUUUGCGAGCGGUCAUGGCAGGCGGAAACAGCCCAAAGAGCCCAGAAGUCGCGCUACCGCCGAUAGUCGCGCUCUUCCUCGUUGUCUUCGACCGCAAGGUAGGAUAUACGAUAGCAUGGCAACGCAGCAUUGCAGACGUCAAGUUGGAUGGCGUGGUUGAAUACAAGUCGCUCCCCUCAGGCCUCCACAAUUGCGAAUCCGAUCUCGUCUACUUCGUCCACGAACAAUAUGCCGGCAUUAGCGCCUUUGCGAAUCGCCCUGCACACGAGUCGGAAAGAAAUGCACACCUUGCCGCCGUCGGUGUUCUUGUACCCUUGACAUACGGACGCCUGGGCCGCAGCUGGUUGCAUGCUCGGCAACUACGACGCUUGGUCGGCGAAUUGGUCGACCAUGACGAUAGUAGUCUUCAUGUACUAGAGGAAUACUGGCACCAGAAUCGUAUACCCAGCAUUGACGGCCAAGAAGCAGACCAUGGCGAGCCCUCAUCCCAACGCAAACGUCGCGCACUGUCUGACGCUGCUGGCUUGCAUCCGAGCAACCCUACCCUAUCACACCAUCAUCCAGCCAUGUCCCUUGCACGGCAUCUUGACACGUUUGGGCCGCUGCUCUUCCCUCUCCAAAGAGCCACGCUUCUCAAGAAGAGGAUACUGAUCAUGUCACCUGCACCUGUCCACGACGCUUGCAAUCUUGUAUACAAUUUGUCCGUUCUAUCCAACAUUCCGCCUCUGGCAGCUGACACGGCACGACACAAGGAGGCUCUGUACCCCUUGAGGCCCUUGUUCAAUGUCGGUAUCCGCGACAUUGACUACCUAUCUCAGUUAGCCGCUAGCUCGAAGCCACACGUGUCCUGGAUUGCAUGCAGCACCGACGAUAUACUAGGAACCAAGUCGAGUCUUUAUGAUGUCCUUGUUGAGUUGCCUAAUCAUCAAUCGCCCGACGUUAAACAAUGGCCUCGAAUUCGCACAUCCACUGGCGAACAUGUCAAAGCGACCCAGCGUGAUUUGAGACGUUACUAUACACUCAAGCGAGAGUUGGAUAAAGGGCAACAUCCAAGGCCCAUAGCAUAUCACGAUGCCGAAGAUGGAUCACCAGAAGCCGACAAUGAUAGCGACAGUGCCCCGCUGAACCCAUCAAAACCGGAGGCUCUCAAUGAGCUGGAUCAAUAUGUCCAACUCGAAGGGGAAACAGGCUUAGUCGAACCCUCUUCGUGGGCUUCGAUCGCUUAUACCACUUUCCUUUGGUGGGCUUCGGCCGGUGAGAAGGAUGCUUUACUAGAUGACGAGGCAUGUCAAGACGCAAGACUACUUGAUGACCUGCCUCUACAAAUCACCAGCAAGCAUAGUUCGAGUAGUGGUAGAAAACGCUCCUCGACUUACGAUACAGCAGAAGGAGUUGACCUGAGUGCCCAGUCGGUGGCAGUGACUCUGAUAGCUUACGUGCAUCGUCUUACCACAAUGGUCUUGGAGACAUUGGCCGAGAUUGUAGAAGCAGCGGAUGCUGAGAGUGAGCACGGAGGAGAGAGCACGAUCACGAUUCACAGUGAAGACAUGAGAAGGAUGGGCUUGGACGAAUGGAGCCACAGUGACGGUGAUUUUAUCAAGGAAAUGGCCGCACUGUAUUUCGCGCGCGAGAACGUUCAUACGGCUGGUCGUACGGUUGAUCUAUGCGGAAUUAAAUGCUGAAUAGAGGCUAUCGGUCGGCAUUGAGAUCCUAAUUUUGACCAAACUCUCUUUCAAAUCGAUGCAGUACUGAUUGCACCUUCGAUGAGUCGCAAGCACACCCUAGAGUGCCAGUCAGUUGAACAUACAAUGACAACCCUCCGAGGACAAGAAGGCCAGAGGUUCAAACAUACAUUUAGUUGUACCAAAAUAAAAUGAACAUGAGCAUGGUCAAC